ACAAACACUUUUAAAGUAUUAAGGGUUAGUGGAAUGGACAUAUGAUUUGUUGUGCAGCACCAGAAAACUGAGAACUUGAGCGAGGUAUUGAUGAAAUACACAGGGCGGCCAUGUUGUUUUGAAACAGUGAGAGCUGUGUGUUGUGUGUCGGAAACAGGGAGUAAAACAGGUUAGUCCAGUAAGACUGAGGAGGAGCAGGUGUGAUGAGCACACACCUUGGUAGUCUCACUUUUACCUGCUGAAGAACACAGGUAUCAUCUUCUUGUCCCUCGUCAAAAGAAUAAGUGGACGUCACAAUGCCAGGUGAUAAAAGCAGCAUUCCACCAUACCAGCCCAGUGGCAACAAACACCGACACAGGCAUAGCGAGCACACGUCCAACCCCGUCUUUUCCUACCACCCAGGAGACAAGAUGCUUCACUUCUAUCGCUGGAGUUCACCGCCCGGUGUAAUGAAGAUACUUUGUAUCUUGAUCAUCAUCAUGUGCGUGGCAGUGUUUGCCUGCGUGGCCUCCACGCUUGCCUGGGACUAUGACGUCAACACCUUAGGUCUGGGCGGUGGUAGCGGCGGCCUGGUGCCAGGUUUCGGCUCAUUUGGUGGCGGCGGAUUUGGCGGCGGAUUCGGCGGCAACUUCGGGGGCGGGGGCUUUGGAAGCGGCUCUUUUGGAGGUGGCAGUUCCUUCUCUGGUGGCUACGGCUACGGAUCUCAGCUGGAUCCGAAGGCCGGCAAAGGCUUCAUCAUUGCCAUUGCCGCCAUCACCUUCAUCGCUGUGCUCAUCAUUUUUGUGCUGGUGGUGUCAAGACAAAGCGCUGCCCACUCGUCAAAGUUCUACCUGGCAACAAUCAUCAUCUGCGCCAUCUUGGCCUUUCUGAUGAUCAUUGCCACCAUCGUGUACCUGGUGGCAGUCAACCCAACUGCACAGUCCUCGGGGUCCAUUUACUACAACCAGAUCCGCCAGCUGUGUGCCCAGUACCAGAACCAGAACCAAGCUCAGGGUAUCUUCAUCAACCAGUACCUAUACCAUUACUGUGUGGUGGAACCCCAAGAGGCCAUCGCAAUUGUCCUGGGCUUCCUGGUGUUUGUGGCUCUAAUCAUUCUGCUGGUGUUUGCGGCCAAGACUCGCUCCAGCAUUCGGCGCUGGGGUCGAGACCGUAUUCUGUGGGAGGAUGUGAAGGUGGUCAGCGAUGGUCUGCAUCACAGCGUUGGAGAGUGGGUGAACAAAGUGUCCGGCGAGCCGGAGACGCUGCUGAAUGACUACAACGAUCAGGUGGGGGCACCUCAGGGUUACGGUGACCACAACAAGCCCAUUUACAUACCAGGGGGUUCGGAUGUUUCUGUGGACGGCGUGGUCAGACUGAAGGAUUUUGACACUGGUGCUGACUCAGCAGAUGAACUUGAGGAGGAGAACUUCAGCAAGUUGUUUCCCUCCAUUGUGGAUGAAGAGGAACGUCUGGCCUACAAACAAGAGUUUGACCGGGACUACCAUGAGUACAAAAGAAUUCAGGCUGACCUGGACUCCAUAAACCAACGCCUCGCGUAUCUGGAUGGAGAGCUGGACAAACAUCCCGAGGGAAGUUCGCAGUUUCUGGACGCCAUGGACGAGUACGUCUCUCUGAAGAACGUGAAGAAAAGUCCAGACUACCAGAUCAAUAAGAGACGAUGCCGAAAUCUCAGGUCCAAGCUUUCACACAUCAAAAAGAUGAUCAGUGACUACGACCAUCGGCCUUGAAUUGAAUCUACAGCGUUUAUGCAUGAAGUGAAAAAAAAAAACAUAUUUUGGUUGUUUUUGUUUUUUUUUUUUCUCCACAUCCCUUAAUAUAUUUUUAUAAAGUGAAGGGAUCAUUUGAGGUGUUUGUACGUUUUAUUUUUUCCUCACAGUUGAGUCAAUUCUAAUUCCUCAACAAAGAACAACUUUAAAUAAGGUUGAAAAUGUUAUAUAUAUACACUAAUUAAAUGUAUAGUUUAUGAUUUUGCAGUACUGUAAAUGACGUCUUUUUUUUCCCUGAUAUUUGAAAUAUAUUGUAAAUUUGCAGACGAUAUUUGGUUUACAUGUGAAUGUUUAUUUUUAGGUACAUUUAAAUAAAAUGCAUUCCUCUGGACA